AUGUCUUCCCUAGGGGUGCAACUCAGCAUUCAAGAUCAUCAUGUGGUGAUGGACAAUGGCAUACUAAGAGUCACUUUAUCAAAUCCCGAGGGAAUUGUCACUGGAAUACAGUAUAGUGACAUUGACAAUUUGCUUGAAGUGUUGAAUGAAGAAUCUAAUAGAGGGUAUUGGGACCUCGUUUGGAGCUCACCAACAAGUACAGGAACCACCGGAAAAUUUGAUGUGAUAAAGGCAACCACAUUCAAAGUUAUAUUGGAAGAUGAGGAUCAAGUUGAGUUAUCCUUCACCAGGACUUGGGAUGCUUCCCUAGAGGGCAAGUUGGUUCCUUUAAAUAUUGAUAAAAGGUUCAUAAUGCUUCGUGGUUGUUCCGGUUUCUAUUCCUAUGCAAUUUAUGAGCACUUGGAGGACUGGCCUGCUUUUAACCUUGAUGAAACAAGAAUUGCUUUCAAGCUUAGAAAAGACAAAUUCCAUUAUAUGGCAAUGGCGGAUAAUAGACAGAGGAAUAUGCCUCUUCCAGAUGACAGAGUGGCACCAAGAGGCCAAGCACUUGCAUAUCCAGAAGCAGUUCUACUGGUCAAUCCUAUAGAACCAGAACUUAAAGGAGAGGUGGAUGAUAAGUAUCAAUAUUCAUGUGACAACAAAGACAGCCAAGUUCAUGGAUGGAUUUGCAUGGAUCCUGCUGUUGGAUUCUGGCUUAUUACGCCUAGCAAUGAAUUUCGAUCCGGUGGACCUGUCAAACAAAACUUAACUUCACACGUCGGACCAACCACACUUGCUGUGUUUCUCAGUGCUCAUUAUAGUGGAGAGGAUUUAGUGCCUAAAUUCAAAGCUGGUGAGGCAUGGAAAAAAGUUUUUGGCCCAGUUUUUAUCUAUGUCAAUUCUCCAUAUGAUGGAAGUGACCCUAUUAAACUAUGGGAUGAUGCUAAACUGCAGAUGUUAAUGGAAGUUCAAAGCUGGCCCUACAAUUUUCCCGAAUCAGAUGAUUUCCCAAAAUGGGACGAACGUGGUAAUGUCUGUGGCAGGCUAUUGGUUAAAGAGAGGUAUAUAGAUGAUGACUAUUUAUCAGCAAAUUGUGCUUAUGUUGGCUUGGCUACACCAGGAGAAGUGGGAUCUUGGCAAAGAGAAUGCAAGAAUUAUCAGUUUUGGGCUAAAGCAGAUGAUGAUGGCUAUUUCUCGAUUAGCAAUAUACAUGUUGGUGACUAUAAUUUUUAUGCAUGGGUGCCUGGUUUUAUUGGUGACUAUAAAUAUGAUGUAGUAAUUAGCAUAACAGAAGGCUGUGACAUAGAUAUUGGUGAUCUUGUUUAUGAGCCACCAAGAGAUGGCCCAACAUUGUGGGAAAUAGGCAUCCCCGAUCGCUCAGCUGCUGAGUUCUAUGUUCCUGAUCCAAAUCCCAAAUAUAUCAACAAACUUUAUGUUAAUCAUCCUGACAAGUUUAGGCAAUAUGGUAUAUGGGAGAGAUAUGCAGAACUAUACCCUGACAACGAUUUGAUCUACACAAUCGGUGUUAGUGACUUCACCAAAGAUUGGUUCUUUGCUCAAGUUACCAGGAAGAAAGAAGAUAAUACAUAUCAAGGAACCACAUGGCAAAUCAAGUUUAACCUUGAUAAUGUAAACAGAAAAGGUAGCUAUAAACUUCGAGUGGCUUUGGCAUCAGCUACAUAUUCAGAACUUCAGGUACGAGUCAAUGAUCCCAAAACAAAUCGCCCUUUAUUUUCAAGUGGGUUGAUAGGAAAGGAUAACUCAAUUGCUAGACAUGGAAUUCAUGGACUUUAUUGGCUUUACAAUGUGAACAUACCAGGUUCUUUACUUGUUGAAGGAGAUAAUAAUACCAUCUUUUUGACACAAGCUAGAGGCAAUAUUCCAUUUCAGGCCAUUAUGUAUGAUUAUAUUCGUUUGGAAGGUCCAGCUACUUCUAGUUUCAGUAAGAAAAUUUGAGAAAUUUUUCUGUUUUAUAAUAUUCUUCUAUUAAAUUCAAAGAAAUAGGAAAGUAAAGAGUCAUGAUGUUUCUGAUUUAAGAUUUCUUGCGUUGUAACAUGUUAAAUGUGUACCGUGUUAUUUUAUUUAUCAUUAUCAAUCCAUAAUUUGAGUAUUUGAUCGUUAGACAAAUCGCAAUA